CUGGUAUUGAUCAGUCAGGAAGAAAACUGUAUCUCUUUAUCGUCGCGGACAACUUACUUUUGUCGGAAUUAUACGAAGUAGUCUAUCUUUCGGAAGUGCACCAACGUUGAUUGCGGACAGACCGAGAACUACAGUAGACCUACGCUAAAAUGGGUUCAAUCAGCUUUUGGAUGUGCUUGGUCAUGACGAUUUGCACCUGGAAUAAAACCAUCGGAUGCACAUGGAUGAAGACACUGCCUCGGUCUCCGAGCAUGUUCCAAGUGUUCAGCAACAACACCAUAACGAUGCUUAAGAAAAUGGGUCAUGAAGUCUCUCGAGGACCUCAGAUCACUUUCCCUGACAAACAAUACAGACAAGUCAAUAAUUUCAAGGCUGACGAACAGAUGGCCUUCAUUUCGCAUACGCUGAACGCUAUAAAGAAAUUGUACAGCAGUGGUAAAUAUGAGUCCACCGCCUGGGACCAGAAAGGAGUUUACAAGUUUAUGAAUGACCUCUAUCGCCAGACCUCGGAGCUGGACCAAUGCGUAAAGGCUAUGAAAUCAAGACUAUCAAAAUCUGUCAAAAGAGUGAACAAAAAGAUGAGCCUUCACUUCAAGUUCCUGAAGCAUUACUUGAAACGCGAGGAUUACAGCGCAAGCGGCUGGGAAGACAUAAGGACAGUGGUGCUGGCACACCUACAAAGACUAGACACAACAUUAAGUAGCCAAUGAGCGUUAUGUGUGUGUUGUGUACAUAUUUGUUAUUUAUAUAUCUAUUUAUCUAUUCAUAUUUCUAACUAUUUUUUUACAUGUUUACUCAUUUGUUUUUUUAACGUAUUAAUUUAUUGUGUAGUCAUGUUCACAACUCCGAGGAGUAAAUCAUUUAUUUAUUCGGAAUAAUGAUGUGAUUGACUAAGGCUAUACAUAGACUAAUGUAUCAAUGUUUCCGUGCAUUUCUUUUGUAUUCAUGAAGGCCAUUGCAGACUGUAUUUAUUAUUGCAACCUGAUAGGAAAUGUUUGUUAUUGUAAUAAUGAAAUAUAUUAUAAUUAAAUAAAUGUGUCCUCUACA